AUAUUUGUGCUUGGUUGGGUGCAUUCCGGUCCAUCUUUUAUGGUAUUUAAAGUGCAGAGCCUCCAUCCCAGCCUUAUGAGCAACCACGUGGGACCCCUUCAGCCAACAGCCUCCCCCUGGGUUUCUCAGAUGUCACAAUGCUGGUCAUACAUCCCCAAGAGCUUCUCAUUUCUUCUGGCUCCAAACUGUGCAGCUUUCACGAGGUGACAGUUUGGAAUAAUUCUGUCCCCUGCCCGGGUGAGGAGGGGGGUGACAGAGCAGCAUCUGGCACCAACCAGGGCCAGCCCAUCACAGAUCCCUUGGUUGGGAACUCUUAAAUAUUUGUAAGUAAGCAAGGUGCAAAAAAUGGACUUUGUUCCUUCAAAAAUGAACCACACUGAGAGUUGUUGGAGAACAGCAAAACAGCCAAAGAGCUGUAAACUGAAAACCACGCCUCUGUGUUUGACUCCCGUCCUGUCUGUGGCUCAACAGACUCAGUUCCGAGAAAUCAGCCACCCAUUGACAGCUGCCCUGCGAGCCCCUUGUUGCUGACAGGGGUUGCUUCUCGGGAAGAGAAAUGAGAAAAUCGUGGUGAAAAGAGGCUGCCGAGUGCAUCCACCCCACAGAGCCCAGGGAACGUCAGCCCCGGGCCCUGAGGCUUCUCUGCAAGGAUGGGGAAAGGAACCCAAAAGCCAAAUUCUUCAAGCCAGGAGGAAGCCCUGAACACAUGCAGUGAUCCAGAGGAACAGGCCAAAUGGGGGUCCUACAGAACCGAGUCAGACCGGAGAACAUCACGCACAGUGCGUGUUCUCCUGGCUCUGAGUGUGUUCCUGGGGAUCCUCACCUUCAGCCUGGCUGGAGCAGUGACUGUUCUCAGUGUGAGACCCCCUUUCCGUGAGCCGGAAUUCUCCCACGUGUGCCCAGACACCUGGCCUGGUUUCCAAGGAAAAUGUUAUUAUUUUUCUGAGGCUGAGGGCAACUGGACCACGGGCCGGGCAAGGUGUGAGGCCCUGGGAGCUUCACUGGCCACCAUAAGCACCAGGGAGGAACUGGCCUUCCUUCUGCGCUAUAAAGGCGAAGCAAACCACUGGAUUGGGCUGGGAAUGAGGGAUAACGGCUGGGAGUGGAUCAAUGGCACGGCCUUGAACGGCAGGUUUGAGGUGCGGGGUGGGGGGCCCUGUGGGUACCUCAACCACGGCAGGAUCAGCUCGUCCCUGUGCCACACGGAGAAGAACUGGAUCUGCAGCCGCCCUGACAACUUCGUCCUGUGGGAGGGGAAAUUAAGAGACCCCAAACCGGGACUUUCAACCUAAAUCUCUGACCAGAUGGGGGAGCUUCACCCCAGCACUGCAACUGAAAUUUUCAGGGUGAAUCCAAACAAUCAGGUACAAGGAACCGGUGCUAUCCCCCAUCCUUUGGACCUUUUGAGCAGCACAAGUGUGGUUUGCACCACAGAAAACUUGCUCAAAAGGUUCGCACAAAUGCAAGUGAUAUUUAUACAAUUUGCCUUAAAUGCAUAUUUAUAUGAGGACAACAUUUAUGUAGCCAUAUUUAUAUGAGGACAACAUUUAUGUAGCCAUAUUUAUAUGAGUAUGACAUUUAUGUAGCCAUAUUAAUAAUAGGUGGAGAAUAGGCGGAGCUCAGGCCGGUGCUUCUCUUGGCCCUCUAUUUCGGUGGGAGGUAAAUCAGCCUUUUUUCACACUAUUUUCAGCCUUAUUUCAAGUUUUUUCUGCGGUGGCCACAGUUUGGGGGCGGUUUUGGGGUGAGAAAGGAGCCUUUUAGUGCCCGUUCUCACCUUCCUGAUACUUCUGCAUCACUCCCGCUCUUCUCACCCUCGGCGCGUGCUGAUUGGCUGAUUAAACCACGCCCCCUCACUCCCAUUGGACGCUCCUCCCCACGCUCCGCCCCCUCCCUUCCCCCCCCCACCUCAGGGCGGACCUGCUUGGGAACUGCGCCCCCCCGCGGGCAGCGCGGGAAAGGCGGGGCGCGGACCUGGUUGAGGACUGCGAGAGCGGGGUCGGGAGUGUCCGUUUUAAGUAGAAAAAGGUGGAUUUUGGGGCCGGUUUUGCAACGUUUCACA